CGUUGACCCCGCCCCCUUCCAGCUACGUCACAGCCGAACCAGUGCGUGCGCGUCAUAUGUGACAGACUUCAACAACUCCUGCAGAGGUGGUCCGAACUCCAGAUUGAAGACAUGCGUGUGGCAGUGAUUGGAGCGGGAGUCAUCGGCCUGUCGACAGCUCAGAGCAUCUACGAGCAGUAUCACUCCAUCGUCAGCCCGCUGACCAUCGAGGUGUACGCAGACCGUUUCACUCCGCUGACCACCAGUGAUGGAGCCGCCGGCCUCUGGCAACCAUAUUUAUACGAUAACGGCAAAGUGGAAGAGACAAAAUGGAAUAAAGAGACGUUCGACUACUGUCUGAGCUGCCUCAGUUCACCAGAGUCCAUAAAAAUGGGAGUGUUCCUUCAGUCCGGCUACAACCUCUUCAAGGAACCGGUCGAGGAGCCCUCAUUUAAAGACAUCGUCCUGGGCUUCAGAUAUCUCACUGAGCAAGAACUGCAAAUGUUCCCAGGAUACACUAAUGGUUGGUUCAACACGGCUCUCAUGAUUGAAGGUAAAACAUACUUACCUUGGCUGAUGGAUUGGUUGAAAAAAAGAGGUGUGAAAUUUUAUCAAAGGAAAAUAGAGUCCUUCAAGGAGCUGGCAGAAAGCGGGGCAGACGUGAUAAUAAACUGCACCGGAAUGAGAUCAGGAGCGCUGCAGCCGGACCCUGAGCUCAAGCCAGGCCGCGGUCAGAUAGUGAAGGUGGAUGCUCCAUGGUUGAAGCAUUGGAUUCUCACACACGAUAUGGAAACAGGAGUCUACAAUUCACCGUACAUCAUUCCAGGGAGCCGACAGGUGACGGUCGGUGGAAUUUUCCAGCUCGGAAACUGGAGCGAACAGGACAACUCCAUCGACCAUAAGAAUAUCUGGGAGGGCGCCUGCGAGCUGGAGCCAAGUCUCAAGCAUGCCAGGAUAGUAGGAAGCUGGUCGGGCCUCAGGCCGGUCCGCAACAAAGUCCGGCUGGAGAGAGAGACCAUAGAGUCUGAUGGGACCAAGAUAGAGGUGAUCCACAACUACGGCCACGGAGGGUUCGGACUCACCAUCCACAGAGGUUGUGCGAUGGAGGUGGCGCGGCUCUUCGGUGGGAUCGUGGAGCAGAAAGGACAAGGUCCAAAAGCUCGCCUGUGAAUCUGAGUCUGACGAUCGCUACACUCCUGUUUUGUCAAAUAUCUAGAUUAGUUUGUAAGUGCCUCUUCUACUAAACAGACUGUUCUCCUCUGUAACACUAAAACACUCUGGAGUCAUUCUGUCACGUUUAUAUGAAAUGUAUCUGUAACCUGAAGGAGAGGAAGAUUCUGUUCUUGUUUUCAUUGUUUGUUCAGAUUGGCUCAUUCACAUGCAACAAGCUUCAACCUCUGAGCCAGGUUAUUAUCAUAAACAGAAACUAUGGACUUUUCAUCAAAUGAAAUAAAAUAAAAACAUGGCUUUACAUAAAAAAACAAAA